AUGGACGAGCCCGAGUACAAAAACGGCACCACCACCACUGCCAACACCACCACCGCUACCACCACCACAGGCAGCCCGAAGCCUAAGCGGACGGCCAGCGGCCAGAUGAAGCGCGUAUCGCGGGCCUGCUACAACUGCCGCCGCCGCAAGUCGAAGUGCGACCUGAACACCAUCAAGGCCUCAGCGGGCGCAUUGGGGGCUUCGUCUGCGGUGCCGCCGCCUGCGCGGCCGCCCGAGACGUCCAUCAGCCCUCAGAGCACCGAGAACUACAACCAGAGCAGAUACAUUAGCCCCUACAACGAGCACGACCGCUACGGUCCGUCGGAAGGGCACCGAGACACCUCAAUGGACGACGACGAUGACGAGGACUCGACCGGCGAGAGCGCAAUCGGGUCGGGUGCGUUGCGGAAUCCCUCUGACGCCUGGCAGCGGCUCACCAACGUGGCCAAAAGGGGCACCGAGGCUCCCCGGCCCGAAGGUGGCAGCGGUGGGAGGGCGAGUACCAACGGAGCCGGCACGAGAAAGGGGAUAUUUGCUUACCGUCUGGUCGAGAACGAGGUGUUGACCCAUAGCCUGGUCAUGCAACUCAUCACCCGCUAUGCAGACAACUACCACUGCUAUUUCCCCCUGGUGCCGCGCAAGUACUUCAACUCGGCCUGCCUCGACCAGUUUGCAGAGGAGAAGCACCUCCUUACCGCGGUGCUCACUGUGGCUUCCAAAGAUCUCACCAGCAUACCUCAUGUCCACCAGGGCUGUUCAAAGUACAUGCUCGAGCUAAUAUCGGGCAUCGCUGCCGGUGCUGACUGCGACGUGGAGGCGGUCGAGGCCCUCCUGAUACUGGCCGAGUGGGAGCCGCAGGGCCUCCGUCCUUCCAUCGAGCCCGUCGGACGUGGAGAGGAGGAUCGUGCAGCCUGGAUGCAUGUCGGAAUUGCUCUGAGAUCGGGCUACUUCCUGGGUUUGGACAAGACCUCCUUCCGCAAUGACGCUGCCACGGGAGACACUCAGGCCGACAACCGCAAACGACUGGCCUGGGCGAGCUGUUAUGUAUCUGACAGGCUGAUAUCGGUACGUAUCGGACGAGCAUUCUGGUCUCGAGGCCCCGGGCCAAUGACUGGUCUGGUCAGCCAUGAUUUCCCGUCUCUGCAGCCUCAAUCGCCCCAUGACGAGGACUAUUCAAAAAUAUUCCAAGCCAUUCUCGAUCUCACGCAGUUGUACGGCAACGUCCACGAUGUCCUGUACUCCGGCAUGCGGACAAGCAGGAACAUGAUGCUCAUGGGAGACUACGUAAAGUACAUUGAUGAUUUCCGUGUUGCUGUAUCAAGAUGGUACCGUCUAUGGGGGAAGAUGCCGUGUGCCUCGAAUCUCAAUGUGAUGCUCCAGAUGUCCUACGAGUACCUGAAACUCUACAUCAACGCCUUUGCUUUCCAGGCUGCCAUUUCCCAGGCUCUACACAAGCCAAAGGGCGAUGACUCCGUCAGUCAACGUGACCAUUUACGGGCUGCAUUCAGUAACGUUGCAUCUAUGCAGGAUUCACGGUUUAUCUAUGAAUCAGUGGAGGCGGCCAAGUCCUAUUUGACUAUAUUAACCAAUUACGUUGAUCCAGAGAGACAUCUACAUUUCAUGCCCCUGAGAUUCUACCUGUAA